UGUAAUUUCUAAAUUUCAGAUUCUGUUGGUUAAUGCCUCAAUUAAUUCGGACAUGUUGUUAGAUGAUGAUGAAAUAACAACAACAGAACAAGCUGAAGAAGAGUGGCAUAUGGAUUUCAUGCCAACGGGAUAUCUACCGGAUAGUGUGUACAGGGAACUCGCUUGGUACGGCAUACUACAAAUCCAGCCGCUUCACCAUAGCUCAAAACAUAAAGUUGCUGCUCAUUUGAUAUGGCAGCAUACACUCGGCCGUCCUCAUGUUAUUAUGGAGAAUCCACCCCAGUCAACUCAAUCACCAGGUAAAGUGAGCCGUCAAAUUUUGGCAGAGGAAGCUGCAAAGUGGUCGAGGGAGCAGCGUGCCGCUCAAGAAGUCCUAAUGGAGAACAUAAAGAGUGGUGGCAAUGGUUUGACUGUUCGUACUGUCAUCAGUGCUCAUAUUAAAACAAUUUACAUAAUACAAAAUGGUAAUUAUUACACGUGUCCUGAUGGUUCCGAGCCAGAUUUGGAUGCUUAUCGUGUUCAAGCUAACAUGCAUGAAAGGAAAUGCACAUACGGCAAACAAUCUAUACCGGUUCCCGUGGAUCCUUGCAUUGAGGCUGAGAUGGCACCCAUAGAAUACUCGUUUCACGAAGGUUGGAUGUUCUGCCUAGGAAAUGGCGAAAGAGAAAAUAAUUAUUUCCAGAAUGGAACGUUAGAUUGCGGAAAUAAAACAAAGGUUGCUGUUAAUGAAUUUUUGGAUCUUUGUGCUAUUGAUAAUAACAUUGUAAUUACCUUCGAUUAUUUUGGGGAUGAACCAAGAAAAGAUAUGAUGCAUAAUGCUACGUUAUGCACAUCAUGGGAUCCUUGCCGGCUAUCAUAUUUGUAUCGUCUAGAGCCGCCGCCAGUUGAAAUGACUCCUUCCUUCCCUACGUCAACACCAAAUCCGUGCGAGACUACAAUUUGUCCAGAAUGUGUCGAAGGCUAUACUGAAGACGGUGGAGUAGUGAUUAAUGUUUUAUCUGAUGAUGAAGAAGCAAAAAAACAUUCACGUUAA